AUGCGAUUAGAGGCAAAGUAUUGGGACCUCUUUUUGACUAGCUUAGCUCCGACGAAUUCGACGACACCCCAAAAUCUGAGUUCUUCUUGGUCUUGGACCGAGUACAAUGUAUUUGAUCCUUGUUUUUCAAGUGCAUAUGUUUUGUUUCAAGCACACCCUAAGUAUGAGUUCAAGUACGGCGUCCACGACGCGCACACCGGGGACGUCAAGAGCCAGGCCGAGCACCGCGACGGCGACGUGGUCAAGGGCGAGUACUCGCUGAUCCAGCCCGACGGCACCACCAGGACGGUGCACUACACGGCGGACGACCACAAUGGCUUCAACGCCGUCGUCACCAACACGGGCCACGCCGUGCACCCGGAGGCCCCCAAGGUGAUAUACGCCCCCGCGCCCGCGCCCCCGCCACUCGUGUACGGCCACGGCCCGGCCCCGGGCCCCUACCUGCACUAGACCGGCGCCUGCUUCCCCGGAGCCGGGCGGCGGGCGCGACCAGAAUGCCGGGAGUAUGGGAAUGCGAGCCUCCUCGCGCCAGCACCCGGAUAGGCCCUGCGCUAUCCACACUCGGACGCACAUGCCUCGCGCUCUCGGAAGCAGUCGGGAUCAAUACUACUUCUAAUAACAAUAAUGAACCCUGAGCAUGUGCGAGCGUUGGGCCAGGAACCCCUCGCGGUUCGGUUCAGGGGGGAUGGAGGAGAAACCGUGUCGGAAGUAUUUCCCUGUUUGGUACAAACGCCACAUCCUGUA